UUAGGUUUUUCCCCCUUCUCGCAUUCAUCUUGAGCUUCGAUUCCCUCCGCCGCCGGAGACGCAGACGCUACGCCAAGGCUCCUCCGUUUCUUGCCGCGCCGGAGCGAGUGGAAGGAGAGGAACAGCACGGGAGAGAGAUGUGGUACCUGUGCGUGUUCUACCACAGGCUCCUGGACUACCGGCGGCCGGAGGUGGAGGCCCUCGCCGAGCUAUUCGCCGGCCCGGGCGCCGGGGAUGCUGUCGAGUGGCGCAUGCCGGAUAACCACCACGUCGACUCCCCCUUCCAUCUCGUCCGCCUCCCCGGCGACGAGCGUCUCGCUGCCCAGGUCGCCAACCGCAGCUUGCUGGUGAAGGGGAUCUACGACCUCUGGGGGCUGGGCACCACCUACGAAGAGCUGGAGAAGUCGGUGAGGGAGUACCCCGAUGAGAGGAAGCUGCCGUACCUGACGCCGGAGAGCACCUUCAAGAUCGUCAUCGACAGCUUCGGCAAAGUGAUCAGCUCCCAAGAGCAGAACGAGAUCAUGAAGGGGCUCACCUACAUACCAUUCAAGGGCCGUGUUAAUUUGAAGAGGCCCGAUCACAAGUUCUUCGUCAUGGAGACUGAUGACUACGGUACGAACAACGGCCUCCCGCCGGUGAUGAAGAGGACGAUAUUCUUUGGCCGGGAGAUUGGAGCAGCAGAUAGGCAUCUCCUGCCUACGUAUCAGCUCAAGAGCAGGACAUACAUCGGCCCUACCGCAAUGGAUGCUGAAAUGGCUUUUCUCAUGGCCAAUCAGGGUCUGGCGCGGCCUGGGAAGCUUGUGUAUGAUCCUUUUGUUGGGACUGGUAGCAUUUUGGUUGCAGCUGCGCAUUUUGGAGCCAUGACAAUGGGUGCAGAUAUUGAUGUAAGGAUUGUGCGUGAUGGUCGUGGCCCAGAUUGCAAUAUUUGGAGCAACUUUGAGCAGUACAAGUUGCCAGAGCCGUUGUGUUUGCUAAGGGCAGAUAACAACCUCCCACCUUGGCGUCCAGGAUUGAAGGAGAUGUUCGACGCAAUUAUUUGUGACCCACCAUAUGGAGUCCGGGCUGGUGGCCGGAAGUCUGGUGGUCGGAAGCUCAUAAAAGGCAUCAAAGGUCCUUACACAGUUCCGGACGAGAAACGGGACAACCACAUCCCAUCAACCGCACCAUACAGCCUCGCCGAGUGUGUCCAUGACCUCCUCGACCUUGCUGCGAGGAUGCUGGUCAUGGGCGGCAGGCUCGUCUUUUUCUACCCGGUCUUGCGCGGUGAAGAUGGCUCUGCCAGCCCACAGUUUCCCGAGCACCCCUGCUUCAAGCUAAUCGCCUCCUGCGAGCAGAUCCUCAGCUUCAGGUACAGCCGGGUCCUCCUCACCAUGGUGAAGGUCGGACCCUACACCCAGGAGGUUGAGAAGAUGGCUGCGGAGCGGCACCGGGAGUUCAGGGAGAACCACCAGAAAUGGAUGGAGGAGGGCAACCUCCACUCUGCCGUGUUCAGCCCUGCGGAGCAGGCGCUGAAUGGGAAGCCUGAUAAGGAGUCGAAGCCCAAGUACAGAGGCAAGUAUGUGUAGCAGUGGGGAUGCUAACUCGUCUUGAAUUUAGUGGAAGAGAAGAAAAUUUUGUUUGUGUUCUGUAUCCUUUCACUUGGAGCCCCCCUGUGCCAAAAUUUAUUAGCUAGAGUGUUAGCAGGAGCUGUAAUUCCAUGUACUACCAUUCCAGAGUUUGGUAUGAGGCCUGUGUUUUCAAUCCUUUUGAUGGAUGAGGAACUGCGAUUGUAACUUAAUUUUGUCUUCUCAACUGUAUUUGGUUAACGGCCUGCCUUGUUAACAUGGCCGUCGGGUGGUAUGUGUUGGCCGUGGUCACUGGAUUUUGCUAAGCUAAGGCUCUAUUUGGAAUACAUGGAAUUUUUU